CGAUCAGUGUGUACAAGUAGCCGUCUGAUUUCAAGUCGAUCUUUAGGGAAAUUUCGCCCUUUUGAACGCCAAAUUAAGGAACUAGUUUUCAGCAUGCUUAUCAAAGUGAAGACCUUAACUGGAAAGGAGAUUGAGAUUGACAUUGAACCUACAGACAAGGUUGAAAGAAUAAAAGAAAGAGUUGAAGAAAAGGAAGGAAUCCCUCCCCCACAGCAGAGGUUGAUAUUUAGUGGAAAGCAAAUGAAUGAUGACAAAACCGCUGCAGACUACAAGAUCCAAGGUGGAUCUGUUCUUCAUCUUGUCCUCGCCCUGAGGGGGGGCUUUUUGUAACAAAAGAAUUAGUAUUAAUUACCUGUCAAGUACCGUCAUUGUGCAGUGCUGUUAGUGAUAGAAUGCUGUAGUUGUGUUUCUUGUAGGAAGGCUGGAAUGUAAAAUAAGUACAAGAAAAUCCAUGUCCUUUUUUCCACACCUAAGUGUUGUAUUUACUUUUGACCAGUUUUUAUGAAAUAAAAUAUGUGCAUGGA